AGCAAAACAAAAGGGCAGUGGAACGUGUUGGCUAUUCCGGCCAUCGGAGCCGUGUCUCGAGAUCACAACUCGCGCUCCCUUGAAAUUUAUCUCCAUUUCCUCCAUACCAACUCUUCUUCUCGGCAAAUCAUCGAACACCUUGUGCUCCACUACGAGAUCCCUCUUCUCCGCUUCUCCUUUCCAUCUCUUCCAUCUUUUCCGAGAGUCCCAGGAUGAUUCAGCUCUUGUUCACGGUACUGGCGGCUGAGGUGGCGCUGGUUUUGGUGCUGCUCUUCAAGACGCCGCUCCGGAAGCUUGCGAUCAUGGCCUUGGACCGGCUCAAGCGGGGACGAGGCCCCGUCAUGGUGAAGACCGUGGCUGGUACCGUCGUCAUCGUGUUUGCAUCCAGCGUCUAUAGCAUGGCCAAGAUCCAGAACCGAUCUACCGAGAUCGGCUCCCUCACCCCCACCGAUCAAGUCCUUAUGAGCCGCCACCUCCUCGAGGCCUCUCUAAUGGGAUAUUCUCUUUUCCUUGUUCUUAUAAUUGACCGAUUACACCAUUACAUCAGAGAACUCCGGACAUCAAGAAAGACUAUGGAGGCUGCGAUGAAACAAAACCGAGCAUUAGAAGAAGCAAAGAAUGGAAGUUCAGAGGAUAUCAAAGCCAAGGAGAAAGAAGUAUCAGAUUUAACUGCAAAAAUCAAACAGUUAGAAAUGGACUCAGAGGAAAGAUUGAAAGAAGCAAAGGCGGCCGAAGCCAAUGCCUUUGCUCUUAAAAGACAGUCUGAGAGUUUCCUUCUCGAAUAUGACCGGAUGCUGGAAGAAAACCAGAACCUUCGGAACCAGUUGCAGUCAAUCGAUCUUAUGUUGUCACAUAGUGAUAACAAGAAGAACAGUUAAUACUCGAUUCCGAAAUGCACACCUCCAAUCUUCUACCUGUUCAGAUCAUCCUUCUUCAGUUUCAAAUAGAUGUAACUUUUUGAUUCUCAAAUUUUACUGUGGCAUAUCUUGCAAAACAUCAUAUGACUUAAUUGGUUAUCCUUUACAGGUAAAUAAUAGUGGCUUGUUAGAUAAUUCCAA